AUGUCUUUGCAACUCCUGAAUCCUAAGGCUGAGUCUUUGAGAAGAGAUGCGGCUCUCAAAGUAAACGUCUCUUCCGCAGAAGGUCUACAGUCGGUGCUGGAAACCAACAUGGGUCCUAAGGGAACCUUGAAGAUGUUGGUAGAUAGCGCAGGAAACAUAAAGCUUACAAAGGACGGAAAAGUGCUGUUGACAGAGAUGCAAAUCCAAUCACCAACAGCGGUAAUGAUAGCCAGAGCAGCGGCCGCCCAAGACGAGAUCACAGGAGACGGCACUACCACUGUGGUGUGUCUGGUCGGAGAACUGUUGAAGCAGGCGCACAGAUUAAUUCAGGAAGGUGUGCAUCCCAGGUUGGUUACAGAUGGGUUUGAAAUAGCACGUCGCGAAACCAUGGAGUUUUUGAACGGAUACAAGAUUGACAAGACGGUUGGGAACGACGUGGAUCGUGAAUUUCUACUGCAAGUGGCAAGAAGUUCUCUCUCGACCAAAGUAGCUCCUGACUUGACAGAAGUCCUCACUCCCAUCGUCACAGAUGCCGUUCUCAGUGUGAGCAACGCAGACAGUCGCUCUUUGGAUUUGCACAUGGUUGAAAUAAUGCAAAUGCAACAUCUCUCGGCCAAGGACACGACCUUUAUCAAAGGGUUGGUUCUUGAUCAUGGCGGUAGACACCCAGAUAUGCCCACAAGAGUAGAAAACGCACACGUUCUUAUCCUGAACGUAUCGUUAGAAUAUGAGAAAACAGAGGUCAACUCUGGCUUCUACUACAGUUCCGCAGAUCAACGAGACAUGCUUGCAGCCAGUGAAAGAAAAUUUGUGGACGAAAAGCUUAAGAAAAUCAUAGACCUCAAGAACGAGGUAUGUGGGCUAGACUCUCAACAAGGAUUUGUGAUCAUUAACCAAAAGGGUAUCGAUCCAAUGUCCUUAGACCUCCUUGCCAAGCACAACAUUUUGGCGUUGAGAAGAGCAAAAAGACGUAACAUGGAGAGACUGCAGCUUGUCACCGGCGGUGAAGCUCAAAACUCGGUGGAUGACUUGUCUCCCUCAAUACUAGGUUACUCUGGAUUAGUUUAUCAAGAAGCCAUUGGGGAAGAGAAAUUCACAUACGUUACAGAAAACAGAGAUCCUAAGUCAUGUACUAUUCUCAUCAAAGGAGCCACUUAUCACGCUCUAAACCAAACCAAAGACGCUGUAAGAGAUGGUCUUCGGGCAGUGGCCAAUGUGCUCAAGGAUCAAUCCGUUGUCCCAGGUGCGGGUGCAUUUUAUCUAGCAGCCUCGAACCAUUUAAGGAAUGUUAAUGUAAACAAAUUGGGCGCCAAGGGUAAGACGAAGUCCGGUGUUCAAGCUUUUGCCGAGGCUCUACUCGUAGUUCCCAAAACUUUAGUCAAAAAUUCUGGCUUCGAUGCCUUGGAUGUGUUAGCCAUGUGUCAAGAUGAGCUAGAUGAAGACGCCAAUAGAAUUGUGGGUGUCGAUCUUAAUGUCGGUGACUCCUGUGAUCCUACAAUUGAAGGUAUUUGGGACUCAUACCGUGUCAUCAGAAACGCAAUCACUGGUUCGACCGGCAUUGCCAGUAAUCUACUACUGUGUGAUGAGCUUUUGAGAGCUGGAAGAUCAACACUGAAGGAAGGUCCACCUCAAUAA